CCAAUUAAUGUGGGAGUAAAUAUCUAUUACAGAUGCUGGAAUUUGAUGAUGUGGAGAUGCAAUAAACUGUAAUAAACAUCUCUUGACCAAUGAAGAAAAGACACGCAAUCAAAAGACACAUGUUCAAUAAGAGAAAGAUGAUCUCCAGAAAACUACUUAUUUUAUUUAUUUCCACUGGAGUGGUUUUAGCCCUGCCUAAGGAAGAAACUCACAGCGAGAGGGUUUACAACAGAGAUUUGAGUGACAAGGAACAUUUUGAAAAUGAGCAUCAUAAUCCUGAGUAUGACCAUGAAGCCUUUCUCGGAGAGGAAGCUAAAACUUUUGACCAGUUACCACCUGAGGAAAGUAAACGACGACUAGGAUUGAUUGUGGACAAAAUCGACAGCAACAACGAUGGGAUUAUAAACCGUGAGGAACUCAGGGACUGGAUUCGUUUCACACAAAAACGGUAUAUCACGGAAGAUGUAGACCGUCAAUGGAAACAGCAGAACCCAGAAAAUAAUCCCACCAUAUCGUGGGAAACUUAUCAAAAUAUGGUCUAUGGUUUUCUAGAUACCCUCAGUCAAUCCGAAAUUGAAAAGGAUGACGGAGGAUUCUCAUACAAAAAAAUGUUGAAAAGAGAUAGGAGACGUUGGGCAACAGCGGAUAAAGAUGGAGAUGAUGCCUUAACCAAAGAAGAGUUCUCAAAUUUCCUGCACCCGGAAGAAAGUGAUUACAUGCGUGAUAUUGUGGUUUUGGAAACAAUGGAAGACAUUGACAAAGAUCAAGAUAAAAAAGUUUCUUUAAAGGAAUAUAUCGGAGAUAUGUAUAGAGGUGAAGAGGGAGAAGAAGAACCAGAUUGGGUCAUAAGCGAGCGGGAGCAAUUCAACACUUACCGUGACAAAGACGGUGAUGGCUUCAUGGAUGAAGAAGAAGUUAAGAACUGGAUCUUACCUCAAGACUUCGAUCAUGCCGAAGCAGAAGCAAGACACCUCAUAUAUGAGGCGGAUUCUGAUGCAGACGAACAACUAACGAAAGAGGAAGUUCUCAAUAAGUAUGACCUGUUUGUCGGCUCACAAGCGACUGACUUUGGAGAAGCUCUUGCUAGGCAUGACGAAUUCUAAAGAUAUUUUAAGAAAAGGUGAGAAGGUUUCAUGGAAGAAUCUCCCUCCUAGAGGUUAGGAUGAGGUCGUUGAUAAAAAUGUUAUUGUUUGGAGAAAAUUUUCUUCGUAAACGAUGACAAGGAAUCUCCAUUUGGACUUUCGUCUUCAUUUCAACAUUCCUUUUGGAAAAUCCUGUGUUUACUCGAAAGUUAAAGUUUCUAGUCCCCAAAAUAUUUUUAUUCUAUGAAUGUCACUGCCUUAAUUGAAAUAUGUACUUUAGUAAAAAUGGUGGAAUUAAUUGUUUCAAGAAUGAAAUUUUAAACAAAGGGAGGAUUUCACAUAAAGUUGGAACAGAAAAAGGUACUGGGAAAGAUUGAAGUAUUUAUUUGUUUAUUUGUAAGGUACUGAAGAGAGUCUCCAAACGCUAUAAACAUUCAACAUUUUAUCUUACUCAAUAUUUUUCUGUUGUUCUGGAUGUUUUUUUUUUCUGUAUAUGCUUUGCAAAUUUAUGUGGUAGCUUCAUACUAAACCUAUCCUUUUCCGAAAUAUUACCUCCUAUUGAGAGAUUUUGAUCUUUUGGAUUCUGAAUGAAAUUAAACCACUAUGAUAUUUAAUAAAUGAUUUUUUUGAGACUGAGUAUAUCAAUAUUUUUGCGUUACCUAUUUUUGUCAGUAUUCAAACAAAUGAAACCUUUUUGCUUGGACCGAAACCAAAAAUUAAUUUUUAAGUUGGAGCCGCUUCUGAAUACUAUUCUCGAAUAAAAGUACUAAUGUAAGUUAUUGAUAUAAAUAUAACAUACUGGUAGUAAUGAAAAAAAUAAACGAUUUUUAUACAACAAAUGUAUGUGCCAUUUAGUGAUUUUACUGAUAUUUUUUUCCAUAUCUGAUUGGGAAAUGUUGGAUAUUGUACUUGAAUUGUUGGUGCUUUAAUAAAUGCUGAAAUGGUG